AUGAAGCAAUUAUCGUCCCCCUUAUCAGUGGGAGUGCACCGCAAAAAGGGCUUCCCGGUGAAGAUAACAAGAGUGUUACUGCCUCUCUGCUAUCAUAAUCGGGGAGAUAAGACGUCAGCUGUUAACGCCUCCGAAUCAAAGAGCGAGUCUACACCAAGCCAAGCUACACCACACCACGCUAGUCUACACCAAGCCAAGCGCAUACACCAAGCCAAGCUACACCACACCACGCUAGUCUACACCAAGCCAGCCACGCCAGUCUACACCAAGCAACACAUCACCACGCCACGCUACACCAAACCAAGCCAGCUACCCACACCACGCCACACCAAGCCAAGCUACACCAAGCAACACAUCACCACGCCACGCUACACCAAACCAAGCCAAGCUACACCACACCACGCCACACCAAGCCAAGCUACACCAAGCAACACACCACCACGCCGCGCUACACCAAACCAAGCCAAGCUUACACCACACCACGCCACACCAAGCCAAGCUACACCAAGCAAACACAUCACCACGCCACGCUACACCAACCAAGCCAAGCUACACCACACCACGCCACACCAAGCCAAGCUACCACCAAGCAACACACCACCACGCCGCGCUACACCAAACCAAGCCACGCUACGACCACGCGCCAGAGACCCGCCCCGCCCCGCCCGCCACGCCACGCCCGCUCCCUUCGCCCCGGACUGA